CUCCGAGCACUUUCGUUGCAGGUUUAAGGAUCGAGCCAUCAUACUCGCGCAAUUUUACAAAGAUAACAGUAAUUGACAAAAUAAAAUUAUGUACAUACGAAAACAGGUGUUUUCUAUUUAAUACGUUAACUCUGUGUAGGAUCUUGAUUAAAGUAUCACGCGAUAACAACUAUUCACGCAAUCCAACCGUGCUCGAGAACUUUGCAAACUUUACAGCGCGACCGAUUUUCGUGAGAGCUUUGCAAACGAUAGAUUGCGAAAAGGAAAAUUGUACAAAUAAAAAGAAUGAAAUAAGAAUUGCGCAAAAAAUUGUAAAAAUCGUCAUCGUGGAUAUCGUGGACGUGUUUGAUUAAUAAAGUAGAGCAGAGUGCACUUUUGAGAAUGUUUAGAAUAGAUUCUUAUCGACGAUAUCAAUGACCAGGGGGGGAUAAACGAAAAGCUGUCAAUAAGUGGUGAGACAAUGAUUAUCAGGAGAACAGUCGACGUAGAACGUUUCCAAAACAGUCUUUCGUAUCUCUACUAGUUACACCUCGUAGAUCGAGUGGCUAAUUUUUUUAAAUAAAGUGAUUUAUUGCGAAUAAAUCCGAUUCCUCUGCAAGAACUAAUUUACAAGCUGCCGUCUGUAACAACGAGGAACGUGCGUUUUUAUGAUGUGUCGCUAAACAACAAUGGGACUUGAGAAAUUGUUCUUCAGCCGCAUCAGAUGAUAUAGAACCAUGAUGUUGUUUUACGCCACGAUGAUUUGGAACAAAUAUUUCUGGACGAUUGAUGAUUGACAUGACUUCUAAAGAACAUGAUACUGAGAAAACGAUUACAAUUGUUAAUCUGCGCACUAAAAAGUUUUUACGUGCUCGCUGGAAAUAGUUUGUUUGAUACGGAACAAUAUGAAACGACAGAUAUAGAAGGAAUUUCUGAAACCAGCGAUGUGUAUCUACGACAGUCGAUGGGGAUAGAAAAGUCUGAAAAUGAAACGAUGGAAGUUAAUAAAAUUGCUGAAAUUGGAAAGGUACGGAAUGUAAUAGUAAAUGCAACGGCCGAUACGAUUCAUUUAAAUUGGGAGGCACCAGCAAAUUAUCCAACAUGCGUAAAAUCUAGCGAAUCUCAAUUUCCGAUUAUAAAUGCUAAAGCAUUUUCUUUAUCCGUACAUUGGGAACCACCAAGAACAGCUUCGAUGUGUAUUAAACAUUAUCGCGUUACUAUUGAUCCACAAUCAAGAACAAUAAAAACAAAUGGAACAGAUGUGACAAUAAACAACCUGUACGCAUGUACUUCAUACUCUAUUUAUAUUACCGCGGUAGAUGAAGAUAAUAACGACGGAGAAAUGACCACCAUACAUACAAACACAACGUCCACUGCGGCAAAACCACCAAUAUUAAAUAUCAAAGAACCUUUAGUCUCGUCAAACAUUAUAGUGCUUUCAUGGAAAAUAGAAAAGAGAGAUAGUAAUUGCAUGUUAAUGUUUCUCGAAGUUAUGUGCAACUCGACAACAAUCAGUAAUCAUGGUUACAAAAUUAAAAAUGGAACGGCAAAAAUCUCUAUAAAUUCACCUAUUCAAGAUAAAUUUCUGAUUGUAAAUUCAACCAUUGAAAAUCUUAGCCCACAUACAACAUAUUCAUGUUGGGCGCAUAUAAUUAACGAAGCAGGAAUUAGUAAAUUAAGUGAUCCAGUCAAUGUAACAACAUCGGAAGAUAUACCGUCUGCUCCUGCACUCGGCGUUGUAAAUAUAACGCAUUCACAAUUUGUACUUACAUGGAAAACACCGGAAUAUCUGGCAGGAAAUUUAAAUAUGUUUGAACUAACACUUGAAUGGGAAGUAUGUUUCCUAGUACCGGAUUGGUGUAUAAACAAAUCAUCGGAAAAAAAUAUAAAAUAUUUUAGCGGGUCCACGUUUACUUUCGAAUAUCUAGAAGCAAGAGCGUAUACAAAUUAUAAAGCAAAAAUUAGAGCGAAAACAAACGCUGGUUGGGGAAAUUACAGUGAAUAUUUAGUAUUUCAAACACCAGUUGCAAUUCCAGGAAUGGUAACCAACUUUUCAUAUUUUAUUACACGUAAUGCAAGUAAUACGGAUACUUUGGACACGAUAUUAACAUGGGGCCUCCCAUGUUUUUCAAAUGGGAUAAUAGAAUAUUUUAACGUGGUUGUAAAUGGAACUCGAAAUAAUUACGAAUCGCACUCUUUUUCAACUAAACAAUAUAUUUCGAGCGAGAUUACGAAAAAUUAUAUGGCUGUUAUCAAUUUAAAACGUUUAAGGGCAGAGUAUAAUUAUACUUUUGAAGUAUCCGCUAAAGUUAAGGAUGUUGAGGACUAUGGAGAGUCCGCGAGUUACAGUAACAUUUUAUAUCCUGCGGAUAUUCCUCCUCAGCCAGACGAAGACUACAUCAAAUCUAUAACUAUCGAUCCAUAUAAAGCACGAAAAUCUACCACAUCGGCUACUCUUUUGCUUCCUUUAUUUCCCGAUACAAAUGGCGAUAUCAUUUAUUAUUCUAUUAUAGUAUCAAGAACUAAGUAUAAUACCGAAUUGUAUAGCAGAUAUGAUUUAAACAAGCAUACAUGGCCAAAUAUAUCUUCGUGGGGAGAAGCAAUGUUACAAGAUUUCAUGAUACCCUACCAAGCUACUAGACUAUGUUGGAAUCCUUAUCCUACUUAUGUCGCUGAUUAUGGCGACAUGAAAGCGGUGAAGUAUACGCUUGGCGAAGAUACAAGUUGCAAGGAAAUUUCAUCUAAUACCAAUAAACGUGUUUAUUGCAAUGGACCCCUUAAACCAGACACAUGGUAUUACGUUAGAAUGCGGGCAUUUACGCGUGGUGGUUACGCUGACUCUUCAAUAUUUUUAAUAAAAACCAAUGCUGAAAUAAACAUCAAACUUGUUUGUGGAAUUGUUUUUGGUAUAUUAUUUUUGGGAAUUUUAACAACAAUGAUGUUAUUGGUUCGCAAAUGUUCGCCGCAAGUGAUACUGCGGAGAUUUCUACAUUCUGACAUGUCUGGUUCACCAGUGCCUACACCUUUUUCAAGGAAAAAAUUUAUAAGUCAUUGUCAGGAACUUAUUGACACUCCUGGGAAAUUAAGCAAUGAAUUUCGAUUACUACAAACUCUCAGUGUGGAUUUACAAAUGCCAACUAAUAGUGCCUGUUUACAAGCUAAUAAGAAAAAAAACAGAUAUUCCGAUAUUUUACCAUAUGACUUUUCCAGAGUUAAAUUAGAAGUGAUCGACAAUGAUCCUAAUACUGACUAUAUCAACGCAUCCUUCAUAAAAGGCUACUCAGGAGAAGACGAAUAUAUAGCUUGUCAAGGUCCAAAAGAAGAAACCACGUUUGAUUUUUGGAGAAUGGUAGACCAAUAUAAUAUAAGUAUUAUAGUUAUGUUAACUCAGUUAGUCGAAAAAGGCAAGGAAAAAUGUCAUCAGUAUUUUCCAACAAUUAGAGAAACUUUUAGAUAUGAAUAUAUGACUAUAAAAUGUAUAAGCGAAUUAGACUAUAGGUCAUAUACACAAAGAAUAUUUGUGUUGCAAAAGGAAAACGAUAAAAGAAAUGUAAUACAUUUACACUUUAAAGACUGGCCAGAUCACGAUGUUCCAGAGGAUUUUGAUCCAAUGAUCCAUUUUUGUCAAAUUAUACGUCGUAAUAUUCUAACACAUAAAAGAUAUAUUCUAAUUCACUGCAGUGCAGGAAUUGGUAGAACUGGUACUUUAAUAGCAGUAGAUAUACUUUUACAACAUCUUCGAGAUAAUAGAAAAUUAGAUGUAUUUGGAACAGUAUAUAGAUUGCGACAUAAUAGAAUAAAUAUGGUACAAAAAGAAAGUCAAUAUGCUUAUAUAUACAACUGUAUAAAGCAAGUACUAAAGAAUCCUUAUUAUUUAAAAACCUGUAAGUUCAUUAUAUCCAAUUUAAUGUAUUUGUUUAGAUAUAAAUAUUAUAAUCCUUUUGUUUACAGAUAAACCACCACCUAUGGAUCCGCUAAAUGAAAAUACUUCCAAGAAAUCAAAAGUAAUACUAAAUUAAAACACAAAUCUAGUCAAAAGCAUAUAUUAUAUUUUUACAGUUAUAUUUAUACUAAAAUAAAUUAUAUGAAUGUACGUUA